CAGGCUGAUGCCUCCCUUCUCCCCUCCCCUCUCCCACCGACCCAAGGAGCUGGGAUACAAGUGUGGGAAAAGCCAAGCAAAGACAUAGUUUAGAUUCUCCCUAAAAAGAAAACAGAAACUCCAGUAUUUUCCACGCGUUUGAAAACAGAUUUCUUUCGUCUCCUGGGACCGGACUUUGAACCUUUGGAACCAUGAGCAACUACAGUGUGUCCUUGGUUGGCCCAGCUCCUUGGGGUUUCCGUCUGCAAGGCGGCAAGGAUUUCAACAUGCCUCUGACUAUCUCUAGUCUCAAAGAUGGCGGCAAGGCAUCACAGGCAAAUGUAAGAAUAGGUGAUGUGGUUCUCAGCAUCGAUGGAAUAAGUGCUCAUGGAAUGACUCAUCUGGAAGCCCAGAACAAGAUUAAGGGAUGUACAGGUUCUUUGACUAUGACUCUGCAAAGAGCAUCUGCUACACCGAAGCCUGAGCCAGUUCCUGUUCAAAAGCCCACAGUCACCAGCGUGUGUGCCGAGACUGCUCAGGAGCUAGCAGAGGGACAGAGAAGAGGAUCCCAGGGUGACAGUAAACAGCAAAAUGGGAAAAUUCCACCUAAACGCCCACCAAGAAAACACAUUGUGGAGCGCAAUACAGAGUUUUAUCACAUACCUACUCAUAGUGAUGCUAGCAAGAAGAGGCUGAUUGAGGAUACUGAAGACUGGCGCCCAAGGACUGGCACCACUCAGUCUCGCUCUUUCCGUAUCCUGGCCCAGAUCACUGGGACUGAACAUCUUAAAGAAUCUGAAAAUGAUAGUACUAAGAAGGCAAAGUUUAACAGUUCUUUGGACGACCUACCAAAGAGUGGACCUCACCCACCUGCUGCUCCUCAGGUUUUAAAUAUUGGUAGCCAAGUAGCCACACUUUCAAAAAUAGCAACUACUAAUUCUAGCACUUCAACAGGAAAUGUGAUGAGAAGGCCUUUGGAAGGUCUUGGAAACUUUUCUACCUUCUCUUCUGCUAGAUAUAGUGCUGCAGUUAUGAGCUGCGCAGCUGCUACUGUAUCUGCUGUUAUUGCUGCAAAAACAAGGCCCUUCAGUCUUGAAAACACUCAUUCUCUCCUGGAUGCAUUGUGCAUUAGUCCGGUUCCCAAGCCUCUAGCAUUCUCGUAUCUCCAGUCUUCAAGGAAAUCCACCGGCUCUAUCCAAAUUAUGAAAACAAGCAACACCCAGGAGCCUUCUCAGCAAUUGGCUUCACCAAGCAUUGCCAAGAGCCUGGAAAGCCCCCCUACUGCCAGAUCAGAGUCGGCCAGCCUCACAGCCGCUGCCACCUUCAAGCCUGUGACUUCCACCAACCUUACCAAGUCACCAGGUUGGCAACAAACAAAUCAAGCAGCACCUUUCUCUGGAAGAAUCUCAAACAGUGCGGCUUCCUCAGGGGCAGUAGCACCAGCCAACCCAACUGUGGGGCAGCCCCAGGCAAGUGACCAGGAUACUUUGGUGCAGAGAGCUGAGCACAUCCCAGCAGGAAAGCGAACUCCAAUGUGUGCCCACUGUAACCAGGUCAUCAGGGGACCAUUCCUGGUGGCACUGGGGAAAUCCUGGCACCCAGAAGAGUUUAACUGUGCUCACUGCAAAAAUACUAUGGCCUACAUUGGAUUUGUAGAAGAGAAAGGAGCCCUGUAUUGUGAGAUGUGUUACGAGAAAUUCUUUGCUCCCGAAUGUGGUCGAUGCCAAAGGAAGAUCCUUGGAGAAGUCAUCAAUGCUCUGAAACAGACCUGGCAUGUUUCCUGCUUUGUGUGUGUGGCCUGUGGAAAGCCCAUUCGGAACAAUGUUUUUCACUUGGAGGAUGGUGAACCCUACUGUGAGACAGGCCCAAUCUGGGUCUGUUCCAGACUGUCCACCAGGAAUCCUCAGAAACUCCAGCAUCUUCAUGAAAUAAUGAUCCUCUCUAAAAGAAUGCUUCUUUUUCAGGUGUGUUGUGAAAGCUUGGAAGGUCAGACCUUUUUCUCCAAGAAGGACAAGCCGCUUUGCAAGAAACAUGCUCAUUCUGUGAAUUUCUAAAAGUCAAGAAUUAGGAGAAGAGAGGAAUCUGAUAAGAAAGAAGAUAAUUAAAAUUACUAAUUAAUUUCUAAAUGUUAUAUUUAUAUGAAAUUUUGAAAAAUAAUAAUGGCCCUGAAGGGAUAAGUUCCAGUUUUAAAAACCAAGUCUUUGGUUAUUUCUAUGAGGAAAUAUUUGGCUUCAUAAAGUAAAGAGACAGUUUGGCAUUUAUUACUACUUUUUUCCCCCUGUAUUUUCUGCCCAUAAAAUAGCUUUUAUAAAAACCAAUUUCCUGGUUGACUAUUAAAUUCCUCUUAGAAUGAAUUAGUAAAGAAUUAAAUUUUAGAAUAAAUACUUCAGUUCCUAUACUGAAAUAAUUAUACUUUCUUUCCUUGUUAGAUAGUUUUAAGUAAAUCUAUAAAAGGCAUAAAAAAUGCCAUGUACUUUAUAGUAAGAAAAUUGUUUUAUUAAAAACUAAAUUAAUUUGUGUUUAUCUUUAGAACAUUAAAUAGGAAUUUAAACAGGGAAUUUUAUCAAUAGUAUGUAUCAUUUUUUAAAAAAAAACUAUAUAUACUUUUUCCCCCUUACAGUUGAUCAUUCCAGUAGAGAAGCAAAUGCAAUUUUUCCCAAUGAAUUAUUUUUUCUCAAAAUACUAUGCUUCGAAGCAACGUUUUAUUUUUCUUCUACACCCACCCCAAGUUACCAUGUAGCUCAUAAAUCUCAAGGUUUUGCCUUUUAUAAGACUGAGUAAUAUUUUAUUCAAUUUUUAAAAUUCAUUACCUAUAUUACUACCACCCCCCUCCUUUAUUUUUCCUCUACCCUUAUACUGAGGUAAAGAGCCAGUUAAAUAGCUUUGGGCUCUGAAUUUUAGUUUUCUCUCUCUUUAAAGAGAAGCAGUAGCAAACAGUGUGGUUGGAAAUUCAUGGUGCAUCAGAGGACUGUACCCAAAAGAAAAAAAAAUGGGCCCCUGUUCAGACAAUGCGUCAAUUCUAUCAAUUUCAAAGAGAAAUAAUUAACAAACGAAGGUUUGAAAGCUCUCUCUGUAGAAUAACCUUUUUUUCCAGUUCUCCAUGAAAAAAAUAACCAGAUGAUUUAUUUGAACAUGUGAUGAAAUCUAGAUUUGGGUUGGGGGAUGAUUUUCCCAGUAGUGGCUCAACUCCUACCACUGUCAUCAUGAAGCUCAGAACCCUGUGAUUCAAACCGCUGAGGUUUGGCAGUGUAGAACAGGGACAGGAUCAAGGACUCAGAUUGGUCCACUGUUUAUUUUCCUAAUUGGGGAACAGAAUUAUGUAAAUACCACAUGGGGACUGUGGUCACCUAGUAGAUCCUAUUGUGGAAACAGAUCAUAGCAUCUGGUCAUUUUUCUUUGUUUCUAGAAUGAAUGAAAAGUCAGGAUCCCCCUGAAUUAUAAUAGAAAUCUGUUUGGGAUAAUCGCCUUUCAAAGCUGAGACAGAGCUCGAAGUCCUUCCUGCCCCAUCACUCACUAAGGACUUCACUCCCAUUGUACGUAUGUUUGUUAAAGAGGGAGCUUUUAGGCAACAAUAUUUGUUUAACCUCCCAAAGAACUUUCAAGGCAUUUGUCCUGAGAGCUGUUAAUUUAUGGUCUAGCAGCUCUAUAUGAUAUCCAGAUAAUAAUUAAACUGAAGACAAAAGACUGGGAAGUAGGACACAAAGUGGCAAACCAAAUAGUCCACUAAUUGCAACGCAAGACUCGCCCUGCAUCUUGCAGGGAGGCAGGAAGUUUCUUUUGAAAUACCAUGCUGGAACUGAUUGUGCGUUAUUUCUCAUUGCUGCUGAAACCACCUGUAGAAGACACAUUGGUUCACGUACAUGGCCACAUGCCUUUUGCUUUCUACGAGACAAUAUGGGUGGGGUGGUUUUGUUUUGGUGUAGAAGACAUUUUUAUUGUUGUUUAGUUUUACCUUAAUAGAUUUUAUGCCAAAAUAGUGUUUGAUAAGUCGAUGGCUGUGUGUAUUUUCUGAAAUCAUUUUAUUUGGUCUGAAUUUCUUAUAAGUGGUCUUACAUUAAGAAUUUAAUCUUUAUUAGACCUUUCUACAUACUGUUCAUGGAGCAUCAUAGUGCAUUUCUUUAAACUUUAUCCCUAAAAGAAUAAUAAUGCUUCCUAAUUUAUCAUUUUGUCUGUGCAUUCCCUCCCUCCUCUGCGGCAAAGCAUUAUAUGAGCUGUUAUUAAUACAGUUAAUCCUGUGAAAUAAAUAUGAACAUAUCCCAGAAGAAUCGCCGUAUUUUCCAGUGGGGAACGCCAUAUUUAAUAUGCCAGCGUUCAUCUUUCAAUAACUGGCACAGCACUUUAUUCUUCUGGUGAGCUCCCUGAAUAUUUAUUUUUCUGAAUAUAAAUAUUUCAUGUCACUAGCAUUUUUUUAAUUCUUCAUUGUAGAGCAUUUACUUUCAGCCUCUCUAGACGUGUCCUUUGGAAUGCUGUGCUUGCCACAACACAUUAAAAUCAAGUGCAUCACUAAAAAUCUCUGCUUAGAUUUUUCAAUUCCCAAAUUUUACUUGGAUCAAAUAUUGCCUGCUGAAGUAUCAACUUGAAAUCCCCCUUUACUUAUGUUUUAUGGAAGCAUGUAUAUGUCCUAUGAAUUCAGGUUAAAUUUAGAAUCUAAAACUAAAACCUAAUCAUUUGGGCUAGCCGCACUGUCAGAACUAAUAAAACUCACUGUGUUGAGUCCAUUCCGUCUCAUAAUGACCCUCAGACAAAUUACAGUUGCCUCUGUGGUUUCCAAGGUUGUAAAUCUUCACAGGAGGCCGCAUGGGGCUGCCUACUUCUCCCUGGAGCUGCUGGUGACUUUGAACUAUAGACCUUGUGGUGAGCAGCUCACUGCAGCAGCAGGGCUCCUAGAAGAGGUGACAUGAUCAAAAUGUUAAUACGGCGUUGCUUAAAGUGACAGAGAUGUAUCUAUAGUGCCAUUUCAAGAGUGCUACAUUAUUACCACUAACGUCUUUUAGGAAAAGGUUCUUCCUUGUUCCUCCUCAAAUGUAAACUUAGCAUUAUAUUAAUAUGUUUGUGACAUUUUUAGCUUAUUCCGGCUGAAGGAAGUGGCUUUUCAGACAGAAAGAAACACAUACGGAAUAGUUUCAUACAAAAAUCAUUUGAUCUUACUGUGUCCCCCUCACAACUUACCUCCAAGUGCUUACAAGGUAAUAGAUUUGGAUUCUCAAUGUUAUCAGUUGCCUUAUUUGUUAAACUCUAAUUUCUUUUUCUUUAAGUCAUUGGGUUUUGAGUUGUUUUUUUCACGUGUAUUACAUUUCUGCUGUCUUGUUUUUGGAUUUAUUAUCUAAUUAAAAAUCACAUGAGAAAUAUAAUCAGUAAAGUAGUACCUUAAUGUGCACAUACUCAAUAAAUAAAUGCCUGUAAUGACACA